AUGUCUCCCACACGGGUUUUCAUGGACUAUGAUGUCCAACCAACCAUUGAUUACUUCACCUGGCUCGACUCAAACCCAGAUAUUGCUAAGCAGGUUAGUGCAGAGGUGGUCACUAAGUGGGAGACGCUGACUAUAGCUGAUAUAUUCUCUUACAUCACAAUUAUCUGUGAAAACCCAAAUCAUUUGAUGACUCAAGAAUCUGCAAAGGAUGCCUUUUUUGAGUGCACUGCUACGAUUGAUGAUGUUGUUCAUGGAUCUGCUUGGUACUAUAUUGCAUGCACUGAGUGCCAUAGUAAGUCUACCAAAGGUGCAAACUCAUUGAUUUGCACGAACACAAGAUGUGUGAAGUAUAACACAGCUGGAGUUGCACAGUACCGUGCAAAGAUUUCUGUUUAUGACAGCAGUGAACAAGCUUUUUUUGUCAUGCUUGGUGAUGCUGGUCAUGAGUUGACUGGGAGGCACGCAUCUGAGUUGGUUAGCAGCUACUUUGAGGCUAAUGAAAACAAAGGCCCUGACCAUGAGGUGCCUGUCCCGGAAGCUCUAAUCAGUACAAUCGGACAGACCCAUAAGUUUUGUGUGAAAGUUACAGACCAUAACUUCUCUAGCAACACCCGAGCUAUAACUGUCACCAAGAUCCUCUCUCUAGACACACCACCACCCACAGAAGCCUCUCUUGGAAACGACAUUGCUGCAACGUCCGAGGAAACAAUGCAGACUGGAAGUGACGUGUGUGAGCCUUCAAAAGCCGUGGAGAUUCUGCAGAUGAGGAGAGUAAGAGGACGUUUGACAGUGUUGAUCCAGAGAAAGUCAAACGGCCAAGAUGUGAGAAUUGAAGCUUCAGUUCAUUGA